UCAGUGCUCUUAAUUAGGGAAUAACAUAGCUAAUAGGCAGUGUCAAUUGAGCUCUACAUGAGCCGAGCUCGCUAAAUUGCGCCCAUGGGGUUACUUGACCAGCUCUGGGACGACACCGUUGCCGGCCCCCAGCCGGACAGUGGCCUAGGGAAACUCAGAAAACACGCUACCUUUGGCUUCCGGCUUAACUACGGCAAGGAUUCAGAAGAUGCGAAUCCAAGAUCUCUUGGAGAUGAAGCGGGUGAGGAUGAAGUGAGGGUUACAAGAAGCAUUAUGAUAUUAAAGCCUCAAGGUGUUCAGAAAGGCUCGCCGCUGGUUUCGCCGGCUACCUCCACACCUCCCGUAUCUCCUUUCGCCGGUGCAGGAGGAAGAGAGGCAUUUCGGUUUCGUAGGAGGUCUGCAUCCUUUGCUUACGAGAAGGCUAGCGGAGUUGGACCCAGGAGCCCUCCUCCUCCUUACGACCUGUGAUAUACAACGAUAUCGAGGCUUCGAUCCUUUUCUCCCUGGAGGCUACUCUAAAUGUUGUUGUUAUAUCCUUUCUGUUUAAGGAUGUUUUGGGGAGUAAGAGUAUUAUUAGUGUAAAUAGAUGUAUGUACACGAUAUCCAUCCACUGCAUAGUGUUACCUUGAGUGAGGCUGUUUCCAAGACUCGAGAGUUGUAAGCAGUUCACUAGUAAAAGGGUUUCUCCAUUGCUCUACGAGUUUAGUUUUUGUUCUCUUUAUUGCGUAUCAUGAAUAAGAAUUUAAUAUCACUUGGGCC